AUGGCCACAGCCUUCGCGCUCAUCGCGGGGGUCCUGCUCCCCGGCUGGGGAGAGUUCUCCCAGUUUAAAAAGGUGAAUGGGGCUGUAUGUUCUCAUCGCUCUGAGUGCUUCAGUGACUGCUGCCUCAUAGACUUGGACCAGGGUGGUACCUUCUGUGCCCCCAAGGCCAGAAUAGCCAUGGCAUGCUUACCCCAGACCAAAGGAGCCAUCAACAUCAUAUGCCCCUGCCAAAUGGGCUUGCGUUGCAAAUCCAAGGACGUGAUCUGUCCUCGCCGGUGCUAUUUGUUUUAG